AUGGUUCUGUCGGGACCUGUUCGACGUUACUUUGAUUUCGGAAUAGAAAGACAGACAGCCAAAGGAUUUCUAUAUCAUCGAAUUGCGUUGCCUGCAUUGGUAUUGGGGUAUAACAUUGCGCUGCCCAUCAACAAUGCCAUUGGAAUGGCUGGAUUUGAAACUAGUGAAAUGCUCCAUAAACCCGGCGAUUUCCUUGUCCGCACCUCGGAACCAAUCAAAGGCCAGCCCCGUCAGUUCAUUCUCUCCGCAAUCGGAUCCGGUCAAUCCUCACUCAACCACUUUGUGAUUCGUGAAUCCGAGAACAAAAAGGUGUUUGUGGAUCAACGUGGAUUCAGCACAAUCAUCGAAUUGGUCAAUCAUUAUGUCAGCCAAAAAGAUCCAAUUUUCACCAAGGAUCAAAAAGUCAAAGUCGUUCUGAAGAAUGCUGUGGAACGUCAGAAAUGGGAGUUGCAGCACGAAGACGUACAAUUGACCAAGAAGCUGGGAGAAGGGGCGUUUGGAGAGGUCUGGAAGGGAAAACUGCUGAAACACAUCAACGUUGUCAAGUUCUACGGAGUGGCAGCGGGUACCGAACCCCUCUACGUGAUCAUGGAGUUGGCUGACGGUGGAGCUCUCGAUUCUGCACUAUCCAAACAGAAUUUUCCAAUGAUCAAGAAAUACGAGAUGAUCUACCAAGCCGCCUGUGGAUUGGCCUACAUUCAUGAGAAGGAACUGAUGCAUCGUGACGUGGCAGCGAGAAAUUGUCUGUAUGGUGGAGGACAGGUCAAAAUCGCGGAUUUCGGGCUAACGCGUCCAGGAAUUCUGUACAAAAUGGACCUUACUAAAAAGGUCCCGAUUCGUUGGCUGCCUCCAGAAACCAUUCAACACGGUCUCUACACACCACAAACCGACGUCUUCGCAUUCGGAAUCAUGGCUUGGGAGAUUAUUGAAAAUGGCAAGGAACCGUAUCCAGGAAUGAAAGUGCUCGAGGUGGCGUUGAAAGUCUGUCAAGGGUACCGUAUGAAUUUCAACAAAGAUGUCGAUCGUGACUUCGAACACUAUAUCAAAGAUAAUUGUUGGCCCGAAUCUUGGGAGAAACGGCCUAUUAUGAAGGACGUCGUGAAAUUCAUGAAGGAAUUCGUCAAGAAACAAGGCGGAGAUACGGGACCUGAACCUCAGGGGGUCAUGAAAAAGAUUGGCAAUAAGCUGAAGAAAAACUCAAAGGAAAAACGUUCGUCGAUGAGCCCAACCACCACGGCCACUGCACGUCUCUAA